GUUUUGACCAUGGGUCAGAUUUUCAGUUUGAACAUGAACUGUUGGUUUUAUUCCAGAUUAUCUUUGAAAUCCAGUGAGAAUAAAUAAUUUCACAACAAAUGAAGCUUUAAUGAUAAAAUGUUUAUUCUGAGUGUUGGAGCCAAUCAGAAACAGGAGAGUUAAAGUUUCCACAGCAGAGGUCAAAGGUCGUCUGAGGAAUCAGUCAAGUUGCUGAUUUUAUUUAAAUAUUAAACUAAUAAAUGUUUUUCUGAUGUUUAUGAACUUAUGAGUUAAAAUCACUGAAGCAGAAAGACGUUAAUAACCAAAUGUCUGAUUUUUAUUGUUGACAGUAAAAAGAUGUGGAGCAUAAAUAUUAUGAACUCAGAUCAUUCAGUAUUUUAUUCUGUUCUGACCUUUGACCCUGAAUCUUCAGAGGUGUUUCAGUUUUCUCCUCUCAGCUCCAGUUUGUGACCUUCACAUUCUUCAGUGAGUUUAGUAAAUCAUUCCCAGGUGAUCAGAGUCAAUAUGUAACCAAUAACUGAGUCAAUAUGUAACCAAUAAGUGAGUUUUUCUCUCUGACUUUACCUGAUCAGAUCUCUGGUGAUGAUUCUUUUGGUUUCUGUUAUUUCAGGAUCUUUUUCCUGCUGUGAACUGAAACAUUCCUGGAUGUUUGACGUUUUCGUGUCUCUGCCUGUACCUGAGCUGCUCACCUGGCAGCAGCUCCACCUGUGUUUUCCAGAGUGGGCGGAGUCAGAGCUGCUAGGUCACAGAGUACAGAGUGUACUGGAGGACAGAGUCAAACCUGGCAACAUGGAGGAGCAGGCAGGAGGAUCAGUGGGCCGCCAUGAAACGCUGCAGGUCAUGUAGAGGUCAGAGGUGAACCUGGACAGUCCAUCACUCUGCCCUGUAGUUCUGCUGCCAGUUCAUCUGUUAUCGUCGUUCAGUGGAGCAGAACCGAUCUGGGCUCAGAGUACGUUCUUCUGUUCAGAGACGGUCGGUUUGAUGUAGGGAACCAGAACCCGUCUUAUCAGAACCGGGUGGAUCUGAUGGACCCACAGAUGAAGGAUGGAGACGUGUCUUUGGUUCUGAAGAACCUGACGACUAACGAUACGGGACUAUAUCAGUGCCAAGUCCAGAAUGAAGGAGGCCUUGAUACUAAACUCAUCAGAACCAUCAGACUGGAGGUUCUUAGUCCAGAGAACAAAAUGGAGGAACCAGCGAUGGAUCCAUCGGACUGAUAGUGAUCUGUUGCCAUGGCGACUGAUGAUAGACCAAUAACUAUCAGCAAUGCAUCAUGAAGAGAGAGAGCAGCAGAGCUGCGUUAAGGAAGAGGGCGGUCUCUCUUUACUCUGAGUCUCCAGUCAGACACGAAAAACGUCAAAUGAAGGAGAGAAACCAUGAAGGAAACACAGCAGAGUCUGCUGCUCUGUCUGAGUUUCCUGUUGGGCUGCAGAAUAAACCGAGUCCUCCCAGUUCAUCUGACUGUGAGUCCCAGCAGAUCUCAGUUCUUUGAAGGAGAACCAGUGACUCUGAUCUGUGAGGAUGAAAACAGACCUGAUGGAUGGACUGUGAGGAGAAACACGACCUUAGAGAGCAGGAAGCGAUGUGGAGAUGGAUGGGGGAAAUUAAAUGGUUCUACCUGCAACAUCAGCAGCCUCUACAAACAUGAAACUGGUCUGUACUGGUGUGAGUCCAUGUCUGGAUCCUCCAGCAGCAGCAGCAGCAUCCAGCUCUCUGUCUCUGGUGGAUCAGUGAUCCUGCAGAGUCCUGUCCUCCCUGUGAUGGAGGGAGAUGACGUCACUCUGAGCUGCAGAGCAGAGAAUUCAACCCACAACCUCCCAGCUGCUUUCUAUAAAGAUGGCUCCUUCAUUGGUGAUGAAACUACUGGCAACAAGAUUCUCAACUCAGUGAAGAAAUCUGAUGAAGGCCUCUAUAAAUGUAACAUCAGCCGUCAUGGAGAGUCUCCAUCCAGCAGGAUCUCUGUCAAAGAGAAUCCCACCACCUCCACCUCCACCUCUUCCUCUCCAUCCUCUCCUCCUCCUGGCUCCUCUUCUCUUCAUUCCAUCUUGUUGUCUCUUGGUUCCUCAUGUGUUGUGUUUUUACUGGUGUUACUGGUUCUACUGGUGAAGAGACGUCGUCACAAAACAAAAGCUGAUAAAGGAGACGACGUCACAUACAGCGACGUCCAGAUAACUCAGCUUCAUCAGCAGAGACCCAAAGAGAGUCCUUCAUCUGCCAUCUACUCAGACGUGAGAACAGACAGGAUCAGUUAUGGAGAAAUCAACAUCAGAACCAACAGAACCAGAGAUGUUCGACCAGAUACCAACAUCAUCUACUCUUCACUGAGGUCAGCAGAACCUCUCAGCUGGUUCUGGAGACAGAGUCACUCUGCCCUGUCCAGCUGCUGAUGUCUCCAUCAUAGAGGCUGUGAUAUGGAGCCGAACUGAUCUGGACUCAGAUGUUCUGUUUGUCCGACCCGGUCAGGAACAGUCAGUGGUCCGGCAUGCACCCUAUCAGAACCGAGUGAGUCUCCUGGACUGGCAGAUGAAGGAUGGAGACGUGUCUUUGGUUCUGGGCAACAUGAAGACUGAGGACAGCGGGACGUACGAGUGUCGGGUUCAAACUCAUCAACAUCGUCAACCUGCAGGUUUCUACUGCGCCUCCUCCAGGGACCCAGGAUGGAACAGGAAUGAUGGAUCCGUCAGACGUCUCCCUGCAGCCGGACUCGUUGUUCUGAUUCUGUUAUUUACUCUCUGGGUCCAAUCGGACUGAACUGAGUUUUCAUUACAACGGAACCUGCAGCUGAACAUGAAGUUACUUUUACUGUUUUACUGUGAACAUAAAUAUGGAAACCAGAUCAGCUAACAGAUCCCAAACCGUCCAGAGCUCCACUGAGACCAGGGGUCAAAGGUCAAACGGAGUCAGUCUCAGUGUUUCUCUGCAGAAUGAAGAUCAGAAUAUUUAUAUUUAUUAUA